GUAGAAGGACUACUGCUUGGUAAGGCGGUGGUGACGGUCCAAGCUAACGGCUAGGCAGGGUAAGGCUGAGGAUAAAUGCCCUGUUUAAAUGCAUGUUUCUUAGAUGCUGUUGUUCCUGGAUCAUGGUGCCAUGAUGGAGACAGAUGAGUUUGAGAUGUGCAAAGAUGAUCUUCAAAAGUGGAUCCGUGAGAGGGUGAAAAAGCAGCUGGUCUCUACAGGCUUGUCAGAGAAAUACAGGUUGGUGCAAUCUCUGCUGAAGAGAAGAAAAGAACAGACUACCCAACUCCUGAAGCUUUGCAAUUCUGUGGCAGCUUUUGAAGCAGUGGUAAAGAAGCAAUACUCUUUGCUGGGAUGGGAGUACAGAGACACAGAUUCUGAAGAUGACAACCGUGAUGACGAUGACGAUGAUGACAAUUUUGAUGAUGAUCAUGAUAAAGCCAAAAACUUUGGAAAUGCUUCUCCACUCCAAACCCCCAGCCCUGCAUCUACUAAACUUUUAUCACCAAAACUUAAAUGCAAUGAGAACCCAACAGUUGAUAUUGUUACAGGUCUCAAGAACAAACCAGUGGUGGUUUUAAAAAAACUUCCUGAUUGUAAGGCCAAAACUACAUGUCCACCAUCUCCUCAGAGUCUCUGCAGUGAGACAGACUCCUUAAUUGAUGCUGAUUCUGAUACACAUUGGGAACCAGAGGAUAACUUGAGUGACUCUGAUUAUUCAGUAUCAGGUUUCACCAGUGGAACACAGAAGAGAAGGAAUGUAGAGCGAAGAAAUAUAAAACCUACUAAGAGAUAUGCAGAAUUCCGAGCAAGCUCAAUGACAGCUGUCAAGAGAGUCAGAAAAUCUCCACCUCGAGCUUGUACAGAUAGUAAGGACACAGAGAAAUCCUCAGCAUCUCAGUCAGCUGGAGCAAAAUUCAAUGCCAAGUGUGUCAGAAAAUCUUCAACCCAAGCCAGUACAGAUAGCAAUGCUAAGGACAACAGAGAGAAAUCAACAGCAUCUCAAUCAGCGGGUGCAAAAAUCAAGGCUAAGACUGACACUAAAUCUUCAGUCCAAACCAGUAUGGAUAGCAAAGCUAAGGAUGAAAAACAGAAAUCCCCAGCAUCUCAGUCAGCUGGUGCAAAAACCGAUCCCAAGAGUGACAGAAAAUCUCCAACCCAGGCCAGUACGGAUAGCAGUGCUAAGGACAAAGGAGAGAAAUCAUCAGCAUCUCAGUCAGCUGGUACAAAAACCAUCAUCCAGAUUAACACAGAGAAAGCAUCGAAAACCCCAUCAAACACAAAUGUGCCAGAAGCAUCCCCUAUCAUCAUAUCAACAGCUUUUGCCAUUUCCCCUGAUGAAACCAGAAAUGCCAGACCUGCUUUACCUGAAGUAGAGCUCACAGUUGGCAUGACUGUCCUGGCACGGAAGAAGCAGAUGCGAUGGCAACGGGGGGAAAUAGUGGAGAUAUUAACAAGAGAAGAAGAAGAUGUACGAGUGAAGUAUAAAGUGAAUUUUGAAGAAAAGGGGAAAAGUCUUGUGUCUGGUCAUCACAUGGCCUUCAACAACCAAGCGAAGCUGGAGGAGCUGUAUGUUGGGGCUCGUGUGGUGAUCAAUUGUCCAGAUAGCACGUCCCGGUUCCAGACUGCCAUUUUGGCAGAACUUCCCAGCAGACGGAACCGACUAAGGUUCCUGGUCUUUACUGACGAUCACGUGCCCAUCUAUGUUGGUUUACCUUUACUCCACCUUGUGUGCAGACCAUUGGAAAACGCUUUAGAUGACCUUCCAGCUGGUCCACACAAGUCCUUUAUGACCCGGUACCUGAGGGACUGGCCGUACCCACAUUUAACUCUGUACAAGGUGGGACAGAACAUCACAGUCGAAUUAGAAGGAGCCCAGCAGAGGUGUGAUGUGGUGGAGAUCGACUCCAGCUUGAUGCAGGUCCUUUUUGUGGAAAGCCAGAAAAAAGAGUGGAUCUAUCGGGGCUCCACACGACUUGAACACAUGAUACGAAUCUUAAGAUUAAGAGAAAUGGAGGGUUCAAAGGAUGACUCUGGCUGAAAGCCCACUGAAAACAUGUAACAGAGCGAACUUUUCCAAGUAUUCAUAGACAUAAUGCUUGUUUCUUAAGAUGCUGUUCCCCCAUGCCUAAGCUGUCAGAAUGAUUUGCUGAAAUUAAAUGUGUGACCACAAA